AAAGAGGAAAUGUCGAGCCUGUCAGCAGCCAGUGUGGAGGCUUCAGCAGCAACAGAGGGGGCGGAGCAGAAGAAACCUCUGAAACCAUGCUGUGCGUGUCCCGAGACCAAAAAAGCACGAGAUGCCUGCAUAAUUGAAAAGGGAGAAGAAAGCUGCACAGACCUCAUCGAAGCGCACAAGGAAUGCAUGAGGGCACUUGGCUUUAAGAUAUAAAAGCACCAUCAUUAUCAUCAGAUUGAGUGAAUGGCCACCACAAUCUUGAAUUUUGGUAUCUAUGCUCUGCGAAUUGAAUCGAAAGGAAUACCCCAGAAUUGUCAUUUUCACUUCCUCGUUUCUUCUACAUGACUGACUUUCUUUUGUGGAAUCAUUAAUAGCAAAAAGCGAAGCUGUUCUCUUCCAUAAAAUAAAAGUGAAUGGUGAAUUUUGGAUCUUGACAGCCCCUGACCCUCAUGUUGUUUUAUGAAAUGGUGCAGCUCGGAUAUUCUGCUAAAAUUCUCCAUUAGUAAAUAAUGCUAGAACUUCCAUAUUUGAA